CAAAAGAAACCCAUGCUCACCACACUCCGAAAUCUCUCUCUCUCUCUCCUCAUCUGUAGAAAGUGCGAAAUCUCAAGAGAGAAAUAGGGCCAUUAGAGAUUCUAAGAGUUCAGCGGGGGGAAAUGGACUAGGAAUUCUUGUUCUUCUUUUCACAAGGCAGAAGGAUUGAAUAGUUGAAAGGAGGAAGAAAACAAUCAGAUUAUCAAUGCCAGUUCCUCUUGCACCUUAUCCAUCACCUCCUGCCCCUUUCACACCACCGAGCGGUGGUCAGAGCCAACUUGUAUGCUCAGGCUGUCGCAAUCUUCUACUCUAUCCAUUAGGAGCUACAUCAGUUUGCUGUGCUGUAUGCAAUGCUGUGACAAAUGUUCCUCCCCCUGGAACUGAAAUGGCUCAGCUAGUUUGUGGAGGCUGCCAUACUCUUCUGAUGUAUAUACGUGGAGCAACUAGUGUGCAAUGCUCCUGCUGCCACACAAUUAACCUGGCACUUGAAGCUAAUCAGGUUGCACAUGUGAGCUGUGGAAACUGUCGCAUGCUGUUGAUGUAUCAGUAUGGUGCAAGAUCUGUAAAAUGUGCAGUCUGCAAUUUUGUGACUUCAGUUGGGGUUCCACAAGGAAAUGAACAGAAACCCAGCAGUUAAGUUUCAAAUCGAGAGAUUCUGCUUCUGUCAGUUCUUCAUCACCAUCAGUUCAAAUCAUUCAUCGUUAUGAAGGAGUGCUGUACCCGUCGAAAUUGCUGAAUAAUAGAGUUUUCUUCAGAAUAAGAGUUUGUUUGCAGGCUUGAGGCAUGGAAGACCAACCGAUGUGUUAUACGCGGAAGUAUGAUAUUUCUGGCUUAACUUCCAGCCUCAGGUAAGCUAUGAGUGUGAGAGUUUCAGGUUUGAUUCUUCUGUAGCAAAAAAAUAUGUAAGAAAACGUGUUGAGAAUUUUCAUCUUUGUUGGCUAACUUCCGUUCCAGGUCAGAAUUGUCCCGGUGUUCAAAGUUGGUUGUGGAGACGAUUAAAUUAAGAGGGAAGGAGUAGCGAGUAAGUGGUUUUCAUGGUGGAAAGUUGGGGCGUAAAUGAGCCAAACACUAGCGAGUCCAGUCUCAGCUCAUGUUUGCCUUGCUAAAAAUAUUACUGUUUGUGUUCGGCUCAUUUAUAUUUUGAACACAAUAAGUGUCUUUGUGUUCGGUUCCUUUACUCAGCGAGCCGAGCACGAUCGUGAACAAAGAGCUGUUUUGGCAACUAAAAUCACGUAUCUGUAGGAUGUUAAUAAUUGGG